UGUACAGUAAUAAUAAUAAUAGUAUAGUAAUACUACUAGUAAAAUAAAUAAUAAUAGUAGUAAUAAUAUUAAUAUUAAUAGUAAAGUAGUAGUGGUAGUAAUAAUAAUAGUAGUAAUAAUAAUAUUAUUAUUAAUCAUAAUAAUAUAGUAAUAAUAAUAGUAGUAAUAAUAUUAAUUGUAAUAAGGUGGGAUAGGUUCCAGCCCCCACAUGACCCCGAGAGGGACAAGCGGUAGAAAAAUGGAUGGAUGGAACAAUAAUAAUAGUAAUAAUUUUAAUAAUAAUAACAAUAAUAAUAGUAUAGUAAUAAUAAUAAUAACAGUAUAGUAAUAAUAAUAAUAGUAUAUUAAAAAUAGUAGUAAAAUCAAUAAUAAUAGUAGUAAUUGAGUGUCAAAGUCAAGUUUUGGUCAUUGACGCACAAACGAACCUUCACAGUGACAGUAAAUGUCAAAUAUGUCAAACAUAAAAUGUGUCUUUUUAUGCACUUCAAUGAAAAAUGUGUUUGCAAAGAAAGAAAAUGAAAAAGAAAAACAUAAGAAAAAGUCAAGGAGCAGGGCGGAAGUAAUCCCAGCAUCAUUGGAGGCUGACCAAUAGCAAGGCUUCUAACGUCCUGCUCCCAGGAGGCCACGCCCACAAGAUGAAGGUGCGUCCUGACCUCAGAAAAGCAAACAUUUUAAUUUGAACACAAAGUGAGGAUUUAUGUCAACAAAGUUUGAUUCGCAAAUAUUUUCAUGUUUGAUUGCAUAAAAAGACGCAUUUUAUUUAUUUAUUUAUUAUUUAUUUAUUUCUUUAAGUAACACAGCACUUUUAUUGUGUGACGUCACCGCUCUCUCUCUCGCUGCCUCACCUGGGCGGAAGUGAGCAUAAGAAGGCAGUGCAGGUGAGGCAGCGGCUCACCUGAUCUCCCCCCCCCCCCCCCCCCCCGCAGGUAAAACCUCUUCACUUCCGCUGUGCGCGCGACAAGAAGGAGCAUGGAGCCGUGGAAGUUUCACGCCACUUGAAUGUUCUUCUUGUUGUUGACGUGACGUCAUGGCGCGUCUUCUCCUGCUGGACCUCACCUGGACUCUCUGCUGCCUGGUCAGCACCGCGGAAGGUUCCUGUCCAACAGGAGGCGCUGUGACCUGUGACCAGUGUCUCCAAGCGGGUCCAGACUGUGCUUGGUGCACCCAGGAGAACUUCACCAGCUGGCUGGGGGUCAGCCAGAGGUGCGACACGCCCGACGCCCUGCUGGGGAAAAGUUGUGCCAGGACUCACUUGCAGUUUCCCGUCUCCGAAGCGCAGAUCCUUCAGGACCAGCCGCUGGGCAAGAAGACGUCCACCAUGAACCGCACCCAGAUCUCCCCGCAGAAGAUGUCCCUCAAACUACGAGCAGGCGGUCAGGUGACUUUUCAGGUGAAGAUCCAGCACACGGAAGACUAUCCCGUGGACCUGUACUACCUGAUGGACCUGUCGGCGUCCAUGAUCGACGACCUGAACACCAUCAAGGAUCUGGGCUCCUCGCUGUCCAAGGAGAUGGCCAACCUCACCAGCAAGUUCCGCAUGGGCUUCGGUUCUUUUGUGGAGAAGCCCGUGCUGCCCUUCAUCAGGAUCACAGAAGAGGAGCUGGCCAACCCCUGCAGCAGUGCAGGCGGGACCUGCUCGCCCACCUUUGGCUACAAACACGUGUUGUCGCUGACCAGUAGCUCCGCCCACUUCAAGGAGAAGGUGUCCAUGCAGCAGGUGUCUGCCAACGUGGACGUUCCAGAAGGUGGCUUUGAUGCCCUCAUGCAGGCUGCUGUCUGUGGGGACAAGAUCGGUUGGAGGAACGACUCCAUGCGUCUUCUGGUCUUUGUCAGUGAUGCUGACUCACACUUUGGUAUGGACAGCAAGAUGGCGGGCAUCGUGGUGCCCAACGACGGCCUGUGCCACCUGGAUGCCAACAACCAGUACUCCAAGUCCACACUGCAGGAGUACCCCACACUGGGCCAGCUGAUUGACAAAGUGGUGGAGAACAACAUCUUGCUGGUCUUUGCUGUGACACAGGAGAAGAAACUCAACUACCAGAACUAUGCCAGUCUCAUACCGGGUGCCACGGUUGGCGAGGUGGCAUCAGAUUCUCGGAACAUUCUGGAACUCAUAUUGACGGCCUACAAAGAACUGCGAUCGGAGAUCGAACUGGAGGUGAUUGGAGAUACGGAAGAGCUGCGGAUGUCCUUCACGGCCAUUUGUCCUAACGGGAGCGUCUCCACGGACCUGAAGCGUUGUUCUCAUGUCAAACCUGGAGACACGGUGGUGUUCAACGUGUCGGUGGAGCUCCCAGAAUGCCUUGCUGGAAGCAGGCGCUUCUCCUUCAAGCCGGUGGGCCUGCAGGACACUCUGGACGUGGACCUGGAGUCCCAGUGCUCCUGCCGGUGCCCGCAGCCUCCGCCCGCCAACAGCAGUCGCUGCGCCGAGGGCCAGGGGACUUUCCUCUGCGGCGUCUGCGCGUGCCAGGCGGGGUUCACCGGCGCCCGCUGCGAGUGCAACGAGGAAAACGCGGCGUUGGGCGAGUGUGUGGCCGGCAAUGACACGGAGGUCUGCAGCGGUCAGGGCCAGUGCCACUGCGGAGUCUGCGUGUGCGACACCUCCUCCUUUGGCAACAUCUACGGCCCCCACUGCCAGUGUGACGACUACUCCUGUGUUCGAGUCCGAGGGGAACUCUGUGGAGGACACGGCGUGUGCGACUGCGGAGAGUGUCGCUGCCAGGGCGGCUGGACGGGCGAGUCGUGCAACUGCAGCAGCAGCAGCGACGCCUGCCUGUCCCAAGAUGGCGGCCUGUGCAGCGGCAGGGGCCGCUGUGAGUGUGGCCGCUGUGUCUGCCUGGUGCCAGGAGCCUCAGGGGACACCUGUGACAAGUGUCCCACCUGUGGGGACGCCUGCUCCGUGGCAAGGAUGUGUGUAGAGUGUCACCUUCAAGCCCAGGACGACGCUGACAUGUGUGAAGUCAACUGCAGUCUCCCCAAAAUUGACAUCAACACAACAGCAGGUGUGGACAAGAGUCCCUCUAUGCAGUGCACUCUGAUGUUGGAGAACGAGUGCUGGAUCUCCUUUAGCGUGCUAGCCAGCGACACCACCACGGUCUACAACCUGCACAUGUACGGUUGUCCCGAGGAGCCCAACAUCCCCAUGAUCAUCCUGGGGGUCUCCCUCUCCAUCGUCUGUAUCGGACUCAUCCUGCUGGCCGUCUGGAAAGUUCUGGUGUCGGUCCACGACCGUAAAGAAGUGGCCAAGUUCGAGGCGGAGCGGGCAAAGGCCAAGUGGCAGUCGGACACCAACCCGCUGUUCAGAAGUUCAACGUCUACCUUUAAAAAUGUUACCUACAAGAGCAGAGAGCGCGACAAGAUGAUUACCAUGGAUCAAUAUUGAUGAUUGGCUGAAGGCAAUGCAACCGAGUGCACUUACUGUACGUGUGUGUAAGUGUGUGUAAGUAUGUGUGUGUGUGUGUAAGGGUGUGUGUGUGUGUGUGUGUGUACUAGGGUUGUACGGUAUACCGGUACUAGUAUAGUAUCACGGUACUAGUGUAUCAAAAAGGGUACUAUACUCUGUUUGAAAAGUACCAGCUAGUUCCCCAUUAAUUUUUUAACGGACAUUGCUGGUUUUACGAGCAGAGAAGCAUGUUGGGCAGCGCACACACACAGAGUACUUACAAGCAGACACAGUGUGGAGACAGAAAAGGGAGAAUGGAUGCAUUUUGGUGUAAAAAGUAAAGAUAAAGGUGAAGUUAUAACACUGAAACAUCCUCAGGAAGAGCUGCUUUAAGACAUGGCUAGCUAGCUAGCGGCUAACAUCCAUCCACAGUGUUUUAGUUACUUCUAAAUCACUAAUCCUGGUCUCCAUGGCGACAAAUAAAGUGAGUUUCUUACACGUAUCAUUAUCACUGGAGGACGAGGAAUAGCUAAACAUGCUUCACUACACA